CUCCAAUCCAAACUGAUGGAUCGCUGCCUCCCAUUGGCUCCGCGUCUCUUUCACAAGAUCAGAUUUCGAGCUGUCAAUCAGGCGGCUCGCGGCCCCUUCUCGAGGAUCCCUCGCGCCCCUCUCCCGAGCCGAUGCUCCGCGGGCGGGCGGGCGGGCGCCGGAGCCACCGCCUGCGAACGCCACCGAGGACAUCAACUGCCUCCCUACGGCGCUGCGGGCUGUCCGGGCGUCCGGGACACCGAAGCCAUGUGUGUCGAGUCGCUAGUGUUCCUCGCCGGUGCACCACUUUUGAACCGCCAGCCGUCACGUAAAACGAGAUCGUAUCGCUCAUGGGGCAGUAAAAUAAAGAAAAAGCACCCGGGAACUGAGGGAUUGCUUCUUUUAAACAGCCGGAGCCGGGGGCGAGCGGCCGUAGGGCUCGGGUUUCAAGGACCAGGAUCUGGACGUUACCAAGUGGGGGCUGCAAGUCUGAAACCACUUGCCCUGGCGCGCCUCGGAGGCUCGGAGCGGCCAAAAGUCGCUCAGAAAGCAGCCUCGGCCCAGCAACAGUCGAUGGGAGGCCGUGCGGAUGGGACCAGGGACUUAGUGGUGUUGAAAUUCACUUGUGAUCCUGAUGGCGUCCAGAGCUGGAGACCAAAGGACGUUUCCGGCAGCUGUUCCGCCCGUAGAGAAACGUGCUGCAGUUCUCAAUUUCUAUUGCAAAGUUUCCUGCCUUAAAUGGAACGUGAGAGAGACGCAUUUAAAUGGGAGUGUGAGCCCACAAGACUCCAUUCCGGACCCCAUGGAGGGAACCUAGGAGGGUAAUGUAAAAAAAAAUAAAAUA